AUGGUUUAACCUUCAAAUUUUAAUUGCUAUUUCUGUAGAGACUGAGCUACAUUCUACAAUAAGUUGUUGACUUUAUAGUUUAUACUUUAUACGCCGGUGAUCUUCAGUGGCGCCAGUCGCGUAAUCGAUUUGAAAAUGAUUCGGAAUCUUAGCAAGACGUUAAAGUUACAAAAAGCACAUUUUGCGACUGCAGCAGCGCCGGCACCCCACACCACCCCGGAUGUUUUAUACACUGGAAUAUUUAUCAAUAAUGAGUGGGUGAAAUCUGCUGAUGGCAAAACAUUUCCAACUGUUAACCCUACCAACGAGAAAGUUAUUGCAGACAUUCAACAGGGUGGAAAAACAGACAUUGAUAAAGCAGUCCAAGCAGCAAAAGAUGCCUUCAAGCUGGGCUCACCAUGGAGGACAAUGGAUGCAUCUCAUCGGGGCUACCUUUUAAACAAAUUGGCUGAUCUUAUUGAGAGAGAUAGGACUUAUAUAGCAAGCUUGGAGACAUUAGAUAAUGGUAAGCCAUUCUUGGCCGCGUACUACGGAGAUGUAGCGGGCACAAUAAAAAACCUGCGCUACUACGCGGGUUGGGCCGACAAGAAUCAUGGCAAGGUGUUACCAACAGACGGCAAAUACUUUGCGUACACACGUCACGAGCCUGUUGGUGUUUGCGGUCAAAUCAUACCAUGGAACUUCCCAUUGUUGAUGGCGGCGUGGAAGUUGGGUCCCGCCCUUACAACAGGCAACACAUUGGUGCUUAAACCAGCUGAACAGACGCCACUCACAGCUUUAUAUUUAGCACAACUUGUUAAGGAAGCCGGCUUUCCUGAGGGUGUAGUUAACGUUGUGCCAGGAUUCGGCGACGCUGGCGCAGCCUUAGUUGACCAUCCCGAUGUCGAUAAAAUUGCUUUCACUGGUUCCACAGAAGUCGGUAAACUAAUCCAGAAAGGUGCUGCGGGCACAGUCAAGAGGAUCACUUUGGAAUUGGGAGGAAAAUCACCAAAUAUUAUAUUAAACGAUGCCGACUUAAACCACGCCGUGGAACAGUCUCACAUGGCGCUGUUCUACAAUAUGGGACAAUGUUGCUGUGCGGGUUCACGUACGUUUGUCCAAGACAAAAUCUAUGACAAAUUCGUUGAAAUGUCAGCGGAGCGUGCUAAAAGACGCAUUGUAGGCAAUCCUUUCGAUCCUAAGACUGAACAAGGACCACAGAUUGACUUGGAACAACACGAAAAAAUCCUUAGUCUGAUAGAAAGCGGGAAAAAGCAAGGCGCGAAUUUAGUAACGGGUGGCAAACGUCAAGGUGAUGCGGGAUUCUUCGUCGAACCCACUGUCUUCGCGGACGUCAAGGAUGACAUGGAUAUCGCUAAGAUUGAGAUUUUCGGUCCAGUGCAACAGAUUAUAAAAUUCUCAGAUUUAGACGAAGUAAUCGCUCGCGCCAACAACUCAGAGUAUGGGCUCGCCGCCGGCGUCUUCACCAAGGACUUGGAUAAGGCCAAUUAUCUCAUUCAGGGUCUCCGUGCUGGUACAGUUUGGGUGAACGAUUAUAAUGUUUUCGGACAACAAGUGCCAUUUGGUGGGUUCAAGCAAUCAGGUCUUGGAAGGGAAAACGGCCCGUAUGGUAUUAACAAUUAUACAGAAGUUAAGUCUGUAGUUGUUAGAUUGACGGAGAAAAACUCGUAAUUAUUUGCACAAAAAACAAGAUUUUUUGUGAAAAAUGUUUAGUUUUAUUCAAUUCUGACAACAAAUGAUUAAUUUGUUUUUAUUUUGUCGCACAAAAUAUUUGUAACCAUAUUUUUUAUAUCUAGUCUAACAAUUGUGUUUAUUUUUCGAUAUUGUAGCUUUGUGUUAGACGAUAAAAUUACUUUAAUAAUUUCCAAGCAGGAAUUUCAUUUUAAGAGGGGGUCGAAUCCAAAAUGGCGCCAAUUUAGAACGGUGCGUUUAAUUAAAUUGGUGAAUUUUGAUUAUACUCUUAGGAAAAUGUGCAUUUUGUGUUUGUAACAGUGGCUUCAUGAAUAUUCUAUUAGAUAUGUAUAGAAAUAAAAUACUUUUUUGUAUGCCAAUAUAAUGUUUAUUACAUUGCUUAAAUGUAUUACAUUUAUUUACUAGUCUUCCAUUAUCAGUGCUUAGGUUGUUAAGCAUUUAAUUUUUAAGUUACAUUGAAAUAUAUUUUUAUAUCGAAAA